AUGGCGACUACAGGGGCUUUUUUGAACAGAGCUUUACGCAGUCGACUGCUCCAGCAACGACUCAACCGCAGCAGCGUCAGUCAACACUUGGACUUGCGGACUGCGUCCAGAAUUCUACGACCUUAUGCGACAACAACUGCAGCGCAAGACGAACCAUAUUCAAACACAGAUUCAGAGCCCUCCCUCGCAUCCCUAGCGGCGUCGCAAUCAACCUACCCUGAUAAUGACAAUGCCUCCGGUCGGAAAUCCCGUCGCCACAAUAUUUCUUCGCGUGGGUCUGGAAAUCGGGAGCUUGAAGAGUUAUUGAUGGAAAUUGCGCAGCAAUCAUCGCCGCACGUUAAUCCCAAGCAUGUUCGGUUGGAGAUGGAGUGGGUACAGGAUCCGCUUCUACUGGCACAGCGAGUCUCGACGGCCUUAAAAGGAGGCGACCCUGCCAUGGCGGUGGCCCUCGCUCGGGAGGCAACGAAACAGAUACCAGGAACCAAGUUUGUAGUGGCAUGGAACCGGAUUUUCCAUUGGUGUUUUGAAAGGGGGCAUCCGAAGGCGGCCCUGCGGUUUUUCAAUGAUAUGAAGAAGCGUGCCGGAAAACCAAAUCCCCAGACUUUCACGAUCCUGCUUCGUGGACUUAAGAAAUCCCUCAAAGCCCCUGGCUUCAACAUCGUACGCACAGCGGAAGCUAUUUACAACUCGAUCUCAGCUGAGAACUCUGGAGUCGAGCGCGAUAUCAUUCACACCAAUGCGAUGCUAGCAGUCUGUCAGUACCAGGGUGAUGUGGACUCACUUUGGCGCAUUGCUGGGAGUCUCCCAGAACAAGGCCCCGAAGCACCGGACAUGACGACUUAUACCACUAUACUGGGAACCCUCUUGUUCGCUCAUCGUGAAAAAAUAAAGACCAUGGAUGCCAGUCAAAUUGACCGCAUAUUUGCCCUCAAGGCUCAGCUAGUCAGUGAUGGUAAAAGGAUAUGGGCCGAUAUUCUCUACCGCUGGAAAAAUGACAAUUUACCUCCUGACGCCCAGGUAGUGCAUUCAAUGUCUGCACUACUGUUGGAAGGCGCCAGCGAUCAUGACUACUAUGACGUUCUUGCUCUCUACCAUCAAACUAUGGGUAUUCCCAUUUUUGCCAAACAACCACCAGAAAGUACCAAAAAUACGCCCAACUCGAUGUGGAAGACGAAACAAAGCAGAAACCAGGAGCCGGCUGUGGAGGAGGACGUUCCGUUUGUGGACGAAAACAACCAGAAAUUGAAAUUGGACAAGGAUGGGACGAAGGAAGAAGAAAGUUCUUUCGAAGAAGAGCAAGAGGAAAACUUUGACUUGCUCUUUGAUUCUCUUCCUGAAGGGCCAGUGCCAGAACUUCAACCUGGGAAUCAAGAUCUUACUUUGAUUCAGGAGGCGUGUCUCAAUAUCACGCAGGGCAGUAAAGCUGGUUAUGAAUACUGGAAUCAUUUGACGUUGGGUUCGACACCAUUGCGUAUCAAGCCCGAUGAGGUCGCCACCACGCAAUUUCUGCGUCUUCUCCGGGUAUCACGAGCAAGCAACAAGGCACUUCAAGCCAUUCGGGACCAGUUAGCACCUUCUGGCAAUGUCAGUGGCAAGGUCUUGCAUAUUGCUCUCUCUGUCUGUCGUCGCGAUAAGCACAAUCAAUCGUGCCUCGUGCAUGCGAAUGCCCUUAUGGACAUCAUGGGCGAAUCUUUGCUUCUUCCUGAUCCUCGAGCGCUCCAGGGAUAUCUUGAAUUGGUACAAUCACUAUCACAGCAGCCAAACCUUCUCUUGUAUCUGCGAGGCUUGGAAAUCGAGGAAAGGCGUGAGGGUCGUACCUUGUUGACACUAGGAAAGAAGUUGCAAGUGAAUCUUCACCUUUUUGCACUAAAGACUCUUCGACCCCAUUUUACCCGACUUCACGAGGCCAUGGAGCAUGGGAAACAGUCACCGAAAGGCCGUUGGGACACUGGUGUUCGAGAGGCUGUCCCGGGGCCCCUUGCUGUCAAAACAAUGGCCCGCAUUCGUCUCAUGAUUGAUGAAGUUUUGAAGUCUGAAUACUCGGCUUUCCUCUCCAAAGCUGACCGCAAGUUACUCCGAUCAGAAUCCAUCAUGCUUAAGAAGUAUUCUGAUAAGGCGAUCAUUGAGAAGUUCGGUGAAGGAUUUGUGUUUUCUACGCCCGAGCAGCGCAGCACGCACCACUCGAGAAAAAACAAUGCCGAGGCAUGUGAUACAUCCAAGCUGGAUGGGCAGAACCCCGUGGAAGGAUUAGAACCUCCCUCUUUUCAACCCACAGAAUCCAAGCUCUGA